AUGCCCACCUGUCUCCUCUCCUCUCGCCCACCGCACGUCCGCUGCUCCAUCAAGCAGGUCUCCGACAACCUCCACGGCAACAUCUCCCUUGAUCCGGUCUGGCAGCACCGCCGCAUCGACGACGAAGGUGUUGACCGCGGCGGCGAGCGGCGCGAGUUGGUGGCUGCAGGACUCGACGGCACGGCUCUCGUCAGCGGCGACAGAGGCGGUUGUUAG